GACCCGGGCCAGGGAAGCCCGCGCGCGUCGUCAGCAUUAGCGCCGCGGGGCGGGGGACGCACUGAACCUCCCCUGUCGGGGUCUGCAGACCCCCCGGACUGGCUAGCGGUCCCCUCCCUGGAUGCCUUAAGGGUCCUGAUUACCGUUGUAGAGCUACCCCUCUCCUGCGGGGACCCCGAAGUCGCCGCCCCCUCCGACUCCCUAGCUGGUGUGCACCACUCUCAGUGCGGCCAGAGAUCUUCCUCCGAGCCCAAGCGCGGGGCAUGAGGAGCCCCCAAGUAUCGCCUGCAGACAACCCAGCCACGCGCACACCUCGCCAGCCGCUGACGGGGACAUGAGCAGUUCGAUCCAGCUCUGGUGCCUGGUGGCCAGCCUCAGCCGGCAGCGGCCAAUGGGUCCUUGCUGCCUGGGAGAAUGAGGCAGGAACCCGCGGCCACUUCUCUCUCCUCCUUCUCGCCUUCCUCUGGCUCUCGCGCCCCGGGCCCGGGCCAGGCUGUGGCUCUGCUGCGUGCCCUGCGCGCCCCCCACCUGCCUCCGGAUGCUCUUCUCGGUUAGUCUGGCGAGGAAGAUAAAGACAUUUGCAACCAAGAUGGUAAUCACGGGUGGAAAUGAUGAGGACCGGGGAGGCCAAGAGAAAGAGAGCAAAGAAGAGAGUGUUCUGGCCAUGCUGGGCAUCAUUGGGACCAUCCUGAACCUGAUUGUCAUCAUCUUUGUCUACAUAUAUACCACACUGUGAAUGGCCCCAGGCAGCCUCGGCUGCCUCAGGAUGGCCGUGAGACAAGGGUCCUGUGUGUCCACCUCUCGGUGACCAGACACUGCAGGGGGCCACACCUGCUCCAUCAAUGCACCUUUGACCUUUAUAACAGAUCGCCAAACGAACCCAUCCUGCUGUCCAGAGCAGACAACUCUGAAGCACAAUGAAUCCAACAGAACUCAUUCAGGCCACAAGGAACUUAGCGUCCCUGGCAGGGGACCUGGCGGGAUGCUGGAAAGACCAGCCUUCGGCACAAGUGGUGAGCGAAGGGGUGAAGAAAUGCCUCACCCUGGAGCGCUGACCACCUCCCAGGACCCGCUCUCAGGGUGGUCCGUUCACAGGCAUCCCAUUCAUCAAUUGUUUCCAGCUGUUUGAUACGGAAGAUAACUUAUUUUUCAUUUUUCAUUGGCUUGAUGUGUGUAUCUGUUCAUAUCAAGGUUUAUAAAUAUAUAUUUUUAAUAAAUGUGCUCUAUUUUUUAGCAUGAACCAAAUAUUUGGAGAAGCACUUCUGGAUCCAUAGCUUUUCAUGGUUUUAAUCGCUUUGCUCCAUCAAGCGCAGGACGUCUUUUCUGUAGCCAUCCAGGCGUCUCAGUUCAUCUCUUUUGCUCUCAAGCUCUCCUCCUCCCCAUCUCUGCCUCUCCAUUCUCUCUUCUCUCGUUCCUCUCCUCCCUUCCCCUGCCUUUGUCUCUUCUCUCCUCUCCCUCUCUCCUCCCCUCCUCUCUCCUAUUCACGUCUCCUCCUCUCUCAUCCAGAGGACAUCAUUUUUUUCCCGUAAUACCAGCCAUGGUCUUAGCUGGUGCAUGUUUCGAGAUUGUCGAGUGGUUUUAUGUUGUUCUGUCAGAGAUCUAAACCGAUUGUGGGCAUGCAGACCUUAAACGCACCCUGUCUUCAAUGAGAAUUAUGCAUGCACAAGGGCUGAGUGACAGAUCAGCUUUCAACCUGUUUUCAAAGGACUGCCACUGAGGAAGAGGAGUGUGGCCUUGCCUGCAGGUCACCCAUGGGAUGGACCAGUCAGCAGCUCACCGGCAGUGUUGCUCAUUCACCCCUGCAAACCAUUUGUUUUUCAGAUUUUGAUUUUUUUGUGACCGUGACAGAUGGGAAUGGGGUAAGCUCAAAGUUCAGUGUACCGCCCCUUCUUUGAUGAGAUGCCUGGGUGGGGCCAGGUCUCUUCAGAAGUUGGAGGGAUUUGAAUGAUGUGAGACCUUCACACUGGGGGAGCCCAUGUGCAGUCAGCUCCUGCUGUAAAGACGCCACUGUGACAAGUGGCCCGUCAAGGGUGUUGGAAGGGGCUCAAUGAUCUCUGUAAAGGACCCCUUGCACAUUUUAAAGCUGGUUCCCACCCACAUGAAGCUAUUUCCUCUCUAAGGGGUUGGUUGAAUAAAUACAAACUUGCCCUGCUCCCUGGCUCCCUAGCAUAGCUCCAGCCUGGCUGCCGUGGACGCCUUAAGGACAGGGUCAGAGUUCAUUUCACCACUGGCAGAAAUGGCAGCAGCCUGCCCGGUUGGAUUCAGAUGACGCUGAUGGGGUCUCUGCCUGCCCCCUUCCUUAACGGCACCACGGCGGAGUCACUUCUCAGGCUCCACUAAGGGACCAGUCUCUUUUAUAAAUCAAAUUCCCGUGAGCACCUGGCUCUGGCCAGAGAUGUCUCCUUCCUCACCCAAAGGAAGGACACUUUGUACACAAAUCACCGGGCCCUCUUAGUAGCCCAGGAAAAGGAGAGUCUCACCUGUGUUGUAGAAGAAGGAAGGAGAGCUCAGACCAGGAAUCUUCCCCAAGAUUACCUGGCAACCAGUGGAGUCAGAUCCUAGCCCAGCCUGUCCAGUUCCUUAUCCCAGCCAGGGUGGGCAUGGAAAGCCUAUUGAUUUGCAGAGGGUCAGCUCUGCACACCUCCCUUCUCCUCCCCCAUAACAGGAAACAACCUGAGAACUCUUUGGACCUGGCAGAUUAUUAAAUACAGAAAGGGGCGAGAGGUUGGGUAGGGAUGUGAGAGGCGCCCGGGAAAGAGCGCCACCUACAGGCCGUGUGAUUCUGGGAACUCUGUAAUUCUGAUCAGUGAACUGAGCAGACAAUAAAGGUGCAAUGGGGAAAAACCCACCGGUGUCGCCGACUUCCUUGUGAGCGUUCAUGUAGUCCUU